AUGUCAAUUUUUCUUGAAAUUUUGAAAUACCUCUUUUCCGAUAGAAACCGCUCGCCACCCUUGACUUCUACUAAUCAAUCUCCAGCCUUCUAUAACUAUAAAGCCCCAUCACCUCCAUCUCAACCAGUCAAAUCUCCCUUUAGUUCAUCUUCAUCAUCCCCUAAGCCUCCGACAUCUUCAUCGAAACCGCUGCAAUCUUCUUAUAUCAGUACAUCUUCUCCAUUUCCUAAAUUCCCAACAUAUUCUUCUUCUUCAACAUUCCCAAAGCCCCCAACAUCUUCAUCUAAGCUGCCUCAAUCAACUUUUGUUAAUCCAUCUUCUUCCAAUGCAUCUCCAUUUAUUCUUGAAUUCCCAACAUCUAUAUCUAAAUUACAACAAUCUUCUUCUGUUGAUCAGCGUUCAGCAUUGCCUAAACCCCCAACAUCUUCAUCUAAGCUGCCCCAAUCCACUCUUAUUAGUCCAUCUUCACCAUCCCUUCAACUCCAAACACCUUCAUCUAGACCAUCUCCUCCGAAACUGUCUUCAUCUCCUAAAUUCCCAACAUAUUCUUCUUCUUCAACAUUCCCUAAGCCCCCAAAAUCUUCAUCUAAGCUGCCUCAAUCAACUUUUGUUAAUCCAUCUUCUUCCAAUGCAUCUCCAUUUAUUCUUGAAUUCCCAACAUCUGUAUCUAAAUUACAACAAUCUUCUUCUGUUGUUCAGCGUUCAGCAUUGCCCAAACCCCCAACAUCUUCAUCUAAGCUGCCCCAAUCCACUCUUAUUAGUCCAUCUUCACCAUGCCUUCAACUCCAAACACCUUCAUCUAGACCAUCUCCUCAGAAACGGUCUACAUCCUCCUCUAAACCACCUCAGGCUUCAUCAAAAUCACAUUCAUCAUCACCAAAUCCUCCAACAUCUUCAAAACCAUCUCCAUCCUCGGGACCGCCAGCGUCUUCCACUACACUCCCUCCAAUCUUUAAGCAAGUUCUAUCCCCAGCCUCCACAGAUGUAAUAACUGAAAAGGGGAAGAAAAAUUAUGUAUCGGUGGUUGAAAAGGGUUCAUUACCUAUAUUCACGAUUCCUGAGGAUUUCAAAGAUUUGAUCAAGAAUGACAUUGUGCCUAAAGUUCUUAAACAGCCUCUGUCUUCCACGACAUAUAAGGAUUACUUUGCUGCUCUGUUAUACGCUGAAGAGUUCUACCAUGAGAAAUGGGCUGAUUUCAAUAUGAAGAAUGUGACACUGAAGUUGCAAAAAGCAGCAGUUUACAAAAAUCUAGACAAGGAAGAGAAAACCUUCGUAGAAUUUAUGAUUGAUUCUGUUCCUGAAAAUCGGCCAUUCCUUUGGUCGAGGGACUUAGUCUAUGUACGGCCAUCAGGUACAAAUGCUGAGCAGUUUCAGGGCAUUAUAAAUCGCAUUAUUAGGAGCAAUCUUGUAUUAGUGGAAUUUGAAGAUGAAUUUUAUGAUUAUCAUGAUUCGACCCAAAAAUAUGAUGUCAGCUUCUCAUUCAAUAGAGUAUGUUUGAAAAGAGCUCACCAAGCAGUUCAAACAGCAUCGGAUACUUUGUUUAAGAACUUCCUCUUUCCUGAUGGUGUUUCCCGUACUAGCAUUCCCACCGCACCAGCGCUGCUGUCUGGCCGUCACAAACUUGACGCCAAACAAUUAUCUGCUGUUCGUCAAAUUUUAAGCAUUCAGGGCUCACCACCUUACUUGGUGGCUGGCCAGCUUUGUGUUGAAAGGAACGUUUUUAGGCCGUCGAGAACUGGAGCGGUUGUUUGUGAAGCAGUGCACCAGUUAUGUCAAACCUCACUCAAAAAUAGGAUUCUGAUAUGUGCUCCUAGUAACUGCUGUUGUGAUGGGAUUAUGAGAAGCUUGUUGGAAGUGAUUCCAGAGUCAGAUAUGUUUCGAGCCAACGCUGCAUUCCGUGAGAAAGAUGAGGUGCCUGAUGACAUCCUCCCAUCAUGCCUUUACGAAGACCCUUGUUUCUCUUGUCCUCCAACUGAGAAGCUUAAAAAAUUCAGGGUGAUUUUCUCGACUCUCAUGAGUAGCUUUCGGCUGCAUGAUAAAGGCCUAACUUCAGGACAUUUUAGUCAUAUUUUUCUGGUGGAUGCUUCAUCUGCCACUGAGCCGGAAACAGCAGUGGCCUUAACUAAUUUUGCAGAAAAAAGUACUACUGUUAUAGUCACUGGUCAACCAGGAGAUAAUAAACGUUGGGUUCGCGCAGACAUGGCAAGGCGAAAGGGACUGAAGAUUUCUUACUUCGAGAGACUUUUCAAGUCAAGGCCAUAUAGAAGCCUCAAUCCAAUGCUUAUCACACAAUUGGACCAGUAG